AUGCAAUUUUACUUGGACGAAGCGGACGCCGUUCCUAUUUGCCUGUUUGCACCCAGUAACGCUCCCAGCCGUGAGCCGCACCACCAUGCUCUCUCCACUUACCAUGGUGACCACCAUCCCCAAGAGCAAGAGCAAGAGCAAGAGCAAGAGCAGCAGCACCGUUCAGUACCAGGCCACCCGUACAUCCGGUUUGUCGAAGACUCUGAUCUGGACGGCAACUACCCCUUUGACGCCUUCCAGGACCUUCGCGGAGCCUACGCGUCAUCGCCGCUGACCGAAGUGCAAGCCCGCAUGCGCAGCAUUCAACACCAACGCGCUCAAGCACAGCUCCACCGUACACUUCUUGAGCAACAGCUGCGCGAGCACGAGCAACGCGAACGCGCACUGUACGAAGAGCAGAUGCUACUGGAGCAUCAAAGACGUACGCACGCUCGUGUCGCGGCGGAGAGAGCCCGUGCGGCGUAUUUGGGUCGAAUGCAGGAAGAAGAGCGGCACAGACAAAUGCAGGAAUUGAACCGGGCCUACCAAGAGAAGGCUGCUGCAGAUAGGAAAGGCGGAGAUGAGGACGAGGCAGUGUUUUAUCCGCCGUUCCAUUUCUUUGGCCAUAUUUUAGACAACCAAAUCAAGAACCAGGACAGCAUCGAGCGCAAGCGCGCGGAGAAAGCAGCGCUGACUAAUCUUCUCGAGACAUACUUUGGCCACGAGGAGCCGGCGGAAAAGAAGCAGACGGAGAAACAGGAUUUAAACGCGAACGCUGCCAGAAGACUCUCACAGCUAGAUCCUGCGGUGCUGGAUAACGUGUUGCGCGUGGUGCACAACCGUCUGGAUGAGAUUGCCAAGGAGGAGGAGCACGAAAAAACGCCCGAGAAGAAGACACCCGAGAAGGCUGAGUCCAAGCCCGAGUCCUCUGAAGAUGACAAGAUCCGCGUGAAUAUUAUUGACGAGGCAUCAGCCCCAGCUGAAAAGCCACAGACGGCUAACCGUCCUGCCUCGGCGCAAAAGGGUGUCGAGAUCGAGGAGCCCGUCGAUUACUCCAAGCUGGCUGAUUCCCUGCGUCGCCGCGUUAACGGUCUCAGCGAUAACAACACGUUUGUUCCACCGACCCCGCACCUUGGAUCUGAUACUGAUGAUGAGCAGUUGGACCCCCCUGCAACUAAGCAGUCAAGCAACAAUAACAGCGGCGAGCACACGGACAGUGAGUUUGCCAGUAUGAUGGACAGCUGCAAGUCGCAGCUGCGCAAUCUGCAGGAUGCCACAAAAAACCCUGACAGUGAGGCUGCCCGCCACCGCCGCCGCCAUCGGCGCCAUCGCCACAACCGGCGUCUCCGCCGCAGCCGCUCUAGAAGGGCACAGGGCCCGAGCAAGGAUAAUAUCCCUGUUUCUUCCCCAGAUCAAACUCAAGCUCCAGCUCCAGCUCCCAAGGUACAACCCGAGGACUCUGAGCAAGAGCGGCAAAAGCGCGCAGUCAAUACAAUGGAGAACUACAUUAUGGGCCAGCGCAACAUGCGCAAAGCACACAAAAUCUUCGAAUCUCUGCGCACCCUGCGCCAUAUCGACAACGACCUCGAGAAAGUGCGCCAGGACUACAACUGGCGCCUGCGCAAUCUCCAGCUGUCCUUUGUCUCGGAUAACAAGGGCAAUUUGAAGCUGGCAUACAAUAGCAGCAACAAGGAUUUCCACGAGUACCAAGAGGUUUUGCAGAGGCUUUUGAUCAAGCUUGAUUCUGUCGAGAGCUUUGGCGAUGACGCCGUGCGUAGCAAGAGGAAGAACGUGGUGAAGAAGAUCCAGGCCACGUUGGAUGCUUUGGAUCGCUUUGUAGCCGACCAAGAGUCUGAGGUAAGCGAGUCCAGUGUUGCCGAGGAUGGCUUGGCCGACGAGUCGAGCAAUGGCGAUUGGUUCUAA